AUGGGUAAAGAACAUGCACUUGUCAUUUCCAAUCAUAAAAGCGACGUCGACUGGCUUGUGGGUUGGGUUUUAGCCCAGCGUGCAGGUUGUCUUGGUAAUGCGUUAGCUGUCAUGAAGAACUCUUCAAAAUUUUUGCCAGUGUUGGGAUGGUCUAUGUGGUUUUCUGAUUAUGUCUUCCUAGAAAGAAGCUGGUCCAAAGAUGAGAAGACAUUGAAGAGAGGGUUUCGGCGUCUAAAGGAUUUCCCUCAGCCUUUUUGGAUAGCUCUUUUUGUGGAAGGAACUCGAUUUACACAGGAAAAGCUUUUAGCGGCUCAACAAUAUGCUGCCUCGGCUGGGUUGCCCAUACCUAGGAAUGUUCUAAUUCCUCGUACUAAGGGUUUUGUUUCUGCAACAAAUGAUAUGAGGUCUUUUGUUCCUGCAAUUUAUGAUGUAACAGUGGCUAUUCCUAAAGAUGAGCCUAAUCCUACUAUUUUAAGAUUAUUGAGGGGGCAGUCUUCUACGAUACACGUCCACAUCAAGCGACAUCUUAUGAAUGAGUUACCGGAAACAAAUAGUGGUAUUUCACAGUGGUGUAAAGACAUGUUUGUGGCAAAGGAUGCUUUAUUGGAGCAACACCUUCACAAGGGAGUGUUUGGUAACAAAGAUUACCAUGAUAUUGGGCGACCAAAAAAGUCGUUGUUUGUAAGUUAUGGUUCA